GUUUGGGCGUCUUACACAGCCCUCUCUGGAGCUCAUGAUGUACUAGCAGCCAUGUUCGUAUCGCUGCUUGCAUGGGACAGGCCUGAGGAAUGGCCACCGUUGUUUGGUAGUGUCGUUGAAGCAUACUCGCUUCGACGGUUUUGGGGAAAUUUCUGGCACCAUCUUCACAGCAGAACUUGCGAGCGUUUGACGCCACCUUUUCUUCGCGUCACGGCACUCUGGGCCUUUUGCCUGUCAGCGAUGUGUCAUGCAUUGUCCAAUUGGGUCACUUUCAGAAAUGGAUACACUGCUUUGGAGAUGCGCUUCUUUCUCUGCAACUAUGGGGUUUGUUUGAUGGAGACCGUCGGGUACAGAGCUGUGGGAGGAUUUAUGAGGUUUGAUAGACAGCUGACGCGAGCUGCUGGCUACGUUUGGGUGCUGUCUGUCUUUGUUUGUUUGGUCCCUGGAUGGAGAUACCCUGUGAUAGUUGAGACAGCGCUCAACGCGCGUGAACGGUAG